CCAGCCCCCAGAGCUGUGAAAUCAGCCUUACCAAGCCUAUGCUUUGAAAUGAGGAAACAUUCUAGUUGGAAGCCUGUUCAAAAUCAGGAACUUGGCACAAGGGUCCAGGGUCCUGUGUUUCUUCCUUCUCUCAGCCACAUCUCCCUCAUCCGACCUUGGUGAAGAGUCAGUCUUACUUGGCUAAGAAAGAGACUCAGAACGAGAACAUAGUUGGAUGAGACUCUCAGAAGUCACUGCCUGAGUAUCAAACCUGAAUAACCGAGAGAUGUAACCUUGGCAUACUUUCAGUUGUUUUUCUCCUGCCCACACCGCAGGUUUUUCAGGUCCUUGCCUGAGUGUGCACUCACCGCAUAAAUAGCGAGCUAUCAACAGCCUGCUUCAGUCAGCCAGGCUAUUUCAGCAGGCUGGCAACAGAGGAUCCGGCUUCCAGAUCCAGGGCUUGCCUUUGCCACUUCCAAGGAGCAGAAGGCUGCCAGUGGCAGAGCAGUUUGACCAGUCUUAGUAACAAAGGACCACCUUCCCUGGGGACCCUGUCCUGCAGCCUGGGGAAGGGGCCCCCUCCAUUCCUGUGACUCUGGAACCUUGACAGCCCUUUCUUCCUUUGGGGGAGCUGAGAUUGCUGCAGCUCCUGUUAGCAAGUGGCAGCUGCCUGUAGCAAGUCCUGCCUCUGAGGAGGGGUGUGGCCAGAAAGAUGAAAAAGAAGAGACUGUAAUCCAGAAAGAGAAAAACUUAUAAACUGUUCUUACCAAUUUGCCAUCCAGGAGACUGAGCGCCUAGUUCACACUCAUUUAAAGAACAAUAAUCUCCUUGCCCCGCCGGGACCAUGUCGGCGGAGACAGCGAGCGGCCCCACCCAGGACCAGGUUGAAAUUUUGGAGUACAACUUCAACAAGGUCAACAAGCACCCGGACCCCACCACGCUGUGCCUCAUCGCGGCCGAGGCCGGCCUCACGGAGGAGGAGACCCAGGUGAGCCCCGCACGCGCCCCGCGCGCCCGGACCCCUGCCCCCGGGACCCCCGCGCCCCCACCUCGCCGGGGCCGUCUCACGAAUAUGGGAGGUUUCACUCGCCCUCGCCUCCCGCCGCUCGCUGCCCUCCCCCGAUCUUCCAUAGCUUUUGCCCGCACCCCAGGAACCCAGACCCUGCAUCGCUCCCAACGCCGCACCCCAGCUUCGGGGCUCCACGGGGUGCCCCGCCUGGCCCUCCAUCCCCAGCCCGCGGGGCCUCCCCCAGGAGCUGCGUAGA